GUACAUGGUUCCCGUGUACAUUACAUGUACGUACUGCAUACGCGUACACAGUAGGUGACUGGGGCAGGGUUAACUUCUGAGGACAAGCUUGCCUUGGAACUUCAGCAUUUGGAAGUGUUAUAAGUACAUGUAUUACUUAAGUUUGAAAUUUAAAAUGCCGACUGACGUGGAAAUAUUAAUGGAAAUGGGGUUUUCGCAAAACAGAGCACAAAGAGCUCUGGCAGCCACCCAGUAUAAAUCUGUCCAGGUUGCAAUGGAUUGGUUAUUUGCUCACAGUGAUGAUCCGGACAUCGACGAACCAUUCCAAGCCCCAGAGGGCCACAAACUUGGAAGUGACACAAGUCAAGGUACGCGGGAGGGCGGAGACAGCAAGUCCCAGCAAGAAGGGGAGGGCCCAACGGCAGAAGGUGAACAGGUGCAGGCCAAGUCGCUCAAGUGUGACGAAUGUGGGAAGAAGUUGAGAACACCAGAAGAUGUCCAGGUUCAUGCUGCUAGAACAGGACACGAGAACUUUUCCGAAUCCUUGGAGGAGAUCAAGCCACUGACUGCAGAAGAAAAACAGGAGCAAUUAUUGAGGCUGCAAGAAAGAAUGAAACAGCGACAGAAGGAGAAGGCAGAACAGGAGAAAAAGGAGGCAGUUGAGAGGGAGAAACUCCGCCGGAAACAGGGCAGAGAGCUGGUGGAGAUGAAACAAAAGAUGGAAUUGGAUGAAGCAAAGAAGUUAGCCGAGCUGAAGAAACGGGAAAAACAGGAAGAACGCCUUGCGAGACAGAGAGUAAAAGAGGAAAUAGAGCGAGACAAGCGUGAGAGAGCAGCAAGGUACGGCAAGGUGUCUGCCGAAGCUAGCCAGCCAAAGCCCCCCACCCAACCCGCUGCCCCUCCGGCUGUAACUGCCACUGCAGCACCUAAGAAGGAGUACGACACGACCAGACUUCAGAUCCGACUUCCCAACGGCUCGGCACUCACCAACUCAUUUGGAGUCUCGGAGCAGCUGGCGGCGGUCAGGCUCUUCGUCCAGCUCAACCGGACGGACGGGAGCAGUGCUCCCUUCAGCCUGAUGACCACGUUUCCCAAGAAAGUCUUCACAGAGGAGGACAUGGAGAAACCGCUCAAAGAACUAGGUCUGGUGCCUUCUGCCGUCCUCAUAGUGACAAAGCCAGCGUCAUGAUGGCUGGUAUCUUGUCCCCUGGUUCAUCUGCAUUCAUCACUUUCCUGUGGAGCUUAAUGUCUUUACCUCGUCUGCACCACAAGACCCAAUUUCCGAGCUGUCCUCUGAUGGCUGUUUCACUCUUCUAGAUCACAUCCAGUGGAGGGUGGUGAAAAAAAAGCAAACCAUUUCUGUGGAACACGUAUGAUCUUCACACAUAAAUGAAAAAAUACCGAGAACAUACAGCGCAUUGUGAUAGCAUUUCCUGUUGGGGUUUUUGUUAAUUUUGGAACAGACCAAGGCAUCAGUACGUGUACGUAUGAAAUGAACUCAGAGCUUUCUUAUGCAUAGAAGAUUUCUAAUCAUUGAAAUGUUUUUAAACUGUUUUGGUUAUUGGAAUAAAGAGAACAUUCUUUGUUCCUGUUCAUAAUAAUUUUGACAAUAGAUCUAUACUAAUGCAUUUUUGGACGAUUUGGGGUGAAUAAAAUCCGGAAUUUAUAUUUUAGAUUUGAAUUACACAAUUGAACAAAGAGCUUUCAUUCUUUCUUCUGCGGCCCAAUGCGUUAGAUGUACACCGUAUCCUGGUCCCAUGUGAACUUGUAAACAUUCUUGGCAUAACAGUCAUGUUCUUGGAUUUCGGUUUCUUUUAUUGUCUCAACUAUAAAAACUUGUAAUGUGACAGAAUGUUGCCACUGCACACACUCCAUGAAAUAAACAAAAUUCUCAGCAUUUCAAUAUAAAGUUAUUGUGUAUGUCACUGACGUUAUUUACAAUCUGAAGGAGAUUGCAGUAACUUUUACAGUCGUAUUCGCAGCGAUACUUUCCCAAGUCAUGAACAGAAUAAAUGUCAAGAAGUCUUUAAUAGAGACUUUCUAGAACCAAUAA